GUCUCCGCCCACCUCGAGGGAGGGGCGGGGCUUGAGGUGGCAGGUUGCGCGCGCACGUCUCCCCAUCUGACCGUUCCCGGCCUCCGUCAUAAGAUUCUAAAUACAUGGCGGGCCUGAGGGGCUGCUCUUCCGCCCUCGCCCUGGACCCUCCUGCACUACAUCCUCCUCCGAGACGGGGGCCUCGGACACCAGGGCUCCGGAGAGCCGACUCUAGGCUCAAUCGGCAUUUUCCCCUCGGAUUCCUCUCCAGGACUCAGCCAGGACUUUCCAAAAGUUGCCGCGGGACCUUCCGAUCCCCUCGGCCAUCCCCCAAGUCUGGCCAGGCUGAUGGGGCCGGUGAGGAGUCUCUGCACCUUGACAUUCAGAAACUGAAGGAAAAGAGGGACCUGCUGGACCAGGAGAUCGUUCAGUUAAUAUCUGAAGGCUACAGUGUGGAUGAACUGGAGGACCACAUCUCCCAGCUCCACGAGUAUAAUGACAUCAAGGAUGUAGGCCAGAUGCUGCUAGGCAAACUAGCAGGUGGCUGUAGCUGCUCUGUGUGGAGUCCCAGGGUGCUUUGUUUGACUCCUCUGUGAAGUGGGCCGUGAUCCGAGGUGUCACCACCAAGGAACUGUAUCCAGAAUUUGGCCUGGAUGUGAAUGACUGAGCCAAGGCUCACAGCCCUUUGUCCACAGCCCAGUGAGACAGGCAGAUUUAAACGUGAGAGGCAGUGAGAGCCCAGUACCCACAGGCUUCCCAACAAGGAAGUGUCAGAAGCCGUUUUCUAAAGAACUCAGUUUGAAUCAGGAGGGAGCCCAGACACGAGCGGGACAGCGAAGAGCCAUUCCCUGCUCCAAGUUUCCUGAAAUGUCCCCAAGUUGUAUCUGUGUGUGUAUGUCUCCCAUUUGCAAAUAAACACACAAGCAAUCUGUGAAUCUA